AUGCCCGAUGCACAGCCAACCGACAACACCGAACUUGCCUCUGCCGACCACAAGACCCUCUUCGACUCCGACUCCCCUCUAAGCUCCGAAGACGAGAUUGAAUUCGACGCGUCUGAUCGACCUUCAACACCACCGGCCGCCAACUCCAAGAAGCGCAAGCUCGCCGACCUCCAGUCUGCCUCAAGAUCUCGAUCUGCUUCGAAGCCUGUCUCGCCGCCAUGGAAAUCAUUCGCUGCAGAAGGUCCCACCACAAUCUUGGACAAUGGAAAGAGAAGGUCAGGCCGUGUCAAUGCCCCGGCUCCUCCUGUCUUCGAGAAGGCUACGCCUAAGUCUAAGAAGUCUGUUGCGAAGACACCGGCGAGCAAAGGUUCGGCCCUGAAGAAUGCUCAAACUGUGCAACAGACAAGUCAGCCCAAGCAAAAGGAAACCCCUGUCCCCAAACGCGAGAAGACUCCGCCACGUCCAUCGCGCGUCUCUGCCAGAAUCAAAAACCUCGAAGCAUCGCCUGAAGUUGUCAAGAAAGAAGAGCCUGCCCCUCCAUCACAAUCUCCACAAGCAAAGCGCAAAGCUGGCCGUCCAGCCAAAGCUGAGGCUCAACCUCCGGCUGAUUCGCAACCUCCUGCUCCGUCCGACCAAGCCGACACGACACCGCGUAUUAAGCUCAAACUCAAGCGACCACAGUUCUCCUUUUUACCUCGUCAUCCAAGUCACGUCAUCAACCCACCACGCUUCCAGUCUUUCGACGAUAUCAUCGCCCAUUACGACCAGAAGAGCAAGGAUACUGCUUACGAAAGCAAGGAAGAUGACAGGUAUCAAGGGCUCGAGCGCCCUUUGGCACGUCUGAGAAUCCUGGAGGCUGCUCAGCCAGGUGGUCCUUUGAGCGAAGAGAAAAGUUCGGUAUACUUGCCGGAUGAUCAGAAAGAGCCUGUGCAACAAUACAACCACUGGGACCAUCUGUGGUCGCAUGGUGCAUUCUUCAAAUCUCUGAUGGAAAAGGAGAAGCGUGCACAUAUGGAUAGUGCUAAAAGAGUUGCAUACGCUUGUUUAGCCAAAUGGAAAGAGCGACAGCCUCAGACCGAAGAAGAGAAGGAGAAGCAGGAGAACGAGUGGUAUAAACUCAUCUAUCGCCAGACUGUCAAGGACGUCCAACGGAAGUGGGAGCUUGUCGGUGCUGAAAUUGAUCGCCGGAGAGCAUUGCGUUACGAGGAAGAGCAAAGGAUUGAACGAGAACUCAAAAUGCAGAGUAUGCUUGAGAAGUCGACAACUCUGCUGGAUAAACGUCGCGCAUUACUGGAUUCUGGUCUGUCUGUAGACGGAGAUGACGAUGAAGACGACAUGAGUCUCAGCGAAGGUGCUUCCGCUGAUGAAGAAGGAUCAGAUGCAUCAAAUGAAGAUCUCGAUGAAGAUCACCGCAUGACCUCAUCCGAGUCUGAAGACAGUGACGCCGAGGAAGAGGAAGACGACGAUGUAAAUCUGUCUCCAGAAGCUCUACGCCGCAAGUACAGCAACAUACCAGAUCUACCGCAAGAGCAAUCCGAGGACGAUGCUAGCGACAUGGACAUUGAUGAAGAACAAGAUACGAUCGCGGCAGCCACAACGAAAACCGAUCCGGACGAAGACGAUGACGAAGCUGGAAGCGAUGACGAGGAAGAUAAUGAUGAGCACGUUCAAGAGGAGCGAGACUAUUCCAAAAUUCAGCUUGACGAGGUGGAUGAUGCCCUUCUGGACGACAGCGACGAGUCCACCAACAUGAGUGACGAAGAUAUGAGCGAUGAGGAAGAAGAUGAUGAGGAUGACGAAGAGGAGGAAGAGAGUGAAAGCGAAGAUGAUGGUGGUCUGCUUGGAUUCUUUGGUGGUCGCAAAGCUCUCGUCAAAGAGAGUCAGACCACUGCAGGUGUUGAAGCAUCUGAAGAAGCUGAGGAGAUGUCCCAGCAGCAGAACGAAAUACUCGAAAAAGACCGCGAUGAAGUCAUUAAAGAUCCUGCUGAACCAGGCGAGCCCAAGCAGACGAAUGGUAUCCAUUCUGACGAAGCAGACGCUGAAGACAACGAAGAACGCUACCUGGAUGCGCCAGAAGUUAUGGAAGUUGACGAGAGCUCGGCUGUUGCGACGCCUCUCGAAAACAGCAUUCAAGAGCCUUCCGCCGAAAGCGCCAAACCCGUAUCUGAGGAGGAUCCAACUGCUUCUGCACGACAAGAACACCCACAAAGAUUGUCAGUGGACAUGGACACCGAGAAUGUCGCGCCUCAGAAACUUCGCAACCAUUCUCUCAGUCCCCAUCACAACAUGCUGUCGGCAGAUUCGCACGCAGAGGACAGAAGCAGUCAAACGUCACCCAAAGACGACACCACUAUUGAGCCAACUGAGGCUGAAUCGACCACCAGCGUUGAUCUUGAUGAAGCUGACAGGAUGUCCGAGGCUACCGAAACGCCACAGCCUGGAAAGUCCUCUAAAGUCAAAAUUCCUUCUCUACUUAGAGGUACGCUAAGAGAGUACCAGCACGAAGGUCUCGACUGGCUUGCGAAACUAUAUGCCAACCAGACCAAUGGUAUCCUCGCCGAUGAGAUGGGUCUUGGCAAGACGAUUCAGACUAUUGCUCUCUUGGCUCAUCUCGCAGAGGAACACCACAUUUGGGGCCCUCACCUGAUUGUUGUACCUACUUCGGUCAUCCUCAACUGGGAGAUGGAGUUCAAGAAGUUCUUGCCUGGCUUCAAGGUUCUGUCAUACUAUGGCUCUGUGGAGGAAAGAGCGCAAAAGCGCAAAGGCUGGAGCAAUCCUGAUAUCUGGAACGUCGUCAUCACUUCUUACCAACUCAUCUUGAAGGACUUACCGGCCAUCAGAGUUCCUGAAUGGCAUUACAUGAUCCUGGAUGAAGCGCACAACAUCAAGAACUUCAACUCUCAGCGUUACCAAGCCAUGAUCAGACUCAAGACACAUGCACGUCUCUUGUUGACUGGUACGCCUCUUCAGAACAGCAUCAUCGAGUUGUGGUCACUUCUUACUUUCCUGACUGCUGGUCAAGAUGGUCAAGGUAUGGGCGAUCUUGAAGAGUUCACAGAGUGGUUCCGCAGACCUGUCGAUGAGAUUUUCGUCGACGGCAAGAGUAAGCUUGGUAACGAAGCUCAAGAUAUUGUCAACAAGCUGCAUCACUCGCUUCGUCCUUACCUCUUGCGUCGUCUCAAGUCUUCAGUCGAGAAACAACUUCCUGGCAAAUACGAGCAUACAGUCAUUUGCAGAUUGUCCAAGCGACAACGCCAACUUUACGAUGCAUUCAUGGGUCUUUCCGAUACCAAGGCAAAGUUGACGUCUGGCAACAUGAUCAGUGUGUCACAAGCAUUGAUGUCGUUACGAAAAGUUUGCAACCAUCCGGACCUGUUCGAGGAGCGUCCUAUCGUCACUUCAUAUGCCAUGAAGAAGCCUUACACACGUCAACCUCGAUCAAUUGCAGCAGAUUUCGAGAUCAAGGACUUGUUUCUGCGAAGGAAGAUGCUCUAUGAGGACCCGCAUGAAGUACUUGAUCUAGAUUUUUUGAGCCUCAAUCUGUCAAGCCGAGAGUCAAGAUCAAGAUAUAACAUCAGACGCAGCAAGCAGCUCAGGGCUAGUCGGGCUAUGGAUCAGAUUGUGCGCAGAGAAGUUGAGAGACUAGGCACUAGUUCUCUUGACAACUCCUCUUUCAAUUCGGUAAUCGGCCAACAGAACCACAAGACUGCGAUGGAUAAGCUGGGCCGCUUGCGCCAAUGUGCUUUCUUGACGGAGCAGCGCACAGAAUUUGCGCCUGUAUAUGGCACUGACCUUGUCGAGAGAUGCACAACGUACACGACUGAUCGUCUGCGGCAAUCACCACCUCGGGACAAGGCUCUACAUUCCGAAUGGUAUCUCGACUCUUCUUCUUUGAUUCACAACAUGGUCAAGAGUGUCGAGCAGCGGUCCGAGGCGAUGAACCUUCUCAUCCGCAAAUUCGCAUGCAUUACGCCCAAUGCCGUGGCUUCCGACAUCCUGCCAUACAUGGUUCCGCGCAAGACCAUCUACAAUGUUCAGUCAGUCUCGCAAUCACCGGAGCCAGACCCUUUCCAUGAGUCUCGGGUGCGCUUGUCCAUUGCAUUCCCUGACAAACGCCUUCUUCAAUACGACUGCGGCAAGCUGCAACGACUCGCAGACCUGCUCCGUGAGCUGCAAUCUCGUGGUUCCCGUGCGUUGAUCUUCACUCAAAUGACUUCGGUCCUCGACAUCCUCGAACAGUUCUUGAACAUCCACGGAUACCGUUAUCUUCGUCUUGACGGCAGCACGAGGAUUGAACAACGCCAAGACAUGAUGGAGCGCUUCAAUCGCGACACUCGUAUUGACGUUUUCAUUCUCUCGUCUCGCUCCGGAGGUGUAGGUAUGAAUUUGACUGGAGCUGAUACAGUCAUCUUCUAUGAUCUCGAUUGGAACCCGCAGAUGGACAAGCAAUGUCAAGAUCGUGCUCAUCGUAUCGGACAAACCCGGGACGUCCACAUUUACAAAUUCGUCUCUGAGCACACCAUCGAAGUCAACAUUCUGCGCAAGUCCAACCAGAAGCGUCUUCUUGAUGAAGUCGUCAUCCAAGAGGGAGAAUUCACGACUGACUACUUCAAUGCUCCUGCCGCUACUGUCGAUGACGAAGCUCUAGGAGACGAAUUCGCAGGAGCCGCUGUAGAAAGAGUCUUUGGCAACAAUAUCGGCGAACACAACGUUCAGAAAGUCCUCGAGGCAGUAGAAGACGCAGAAGAUGUUGCUGCAGCUCAUGCCCAGCAAAAGGAAGGUCAAGCCGACGAUUUCGACUUCGACGCCGGCGGCAACAAUACCACAGGAAACCAGAGUAGAGACUCGAGGACACCGAAGACUAGUGUUCCGCCCACACCUGCUGAACCUGCUGAUGCGAUGGACGUUGACGAAACUAGGGAUAGAGAAGAUGAAUUCGGUCAUGUCGAUUCGUAUAUGCUCGGUUUCCUUGACUGGGCACUCAAAGACGUCAAGUAUGUUCCCCCGCCUGACAAGAGCAGGCGUGGAAGAUUGGAUAAGAAUGGAAGGGAUCGUAGUCAUCGACCUCGUGUACGGUAG